UAUACUGAACCGGUUUAGUAUAUAUACAAUUCUAGGUUUUCAUUCUUCAUUUCAACAGCCGCCCUUCGUCCCUACCUCCCGUUCAUUGGCGCGCCCCCGGUCGUUCGUUCUUGGUCUCGCCGCCGUUCGCCUUUUGUUGCACCUCUGUUCAUUUCGUUGGGUGCCUAUCGACGAUGUAUCUUCAGUUUUACAUAAACGAAAAUGGUGAUAAAGUCUACACCACAAAGAAGGAAUCUCCUCUAGGUUUGGCCACGCAAUCUGCUCAUCCAGCUCGUUUCUCCCCUGAUGACAAAUAUUCGAGGCAAAGAGUUCUUCUUAAGAAGCGAUUUGGCUUGCUUCCUACACAGCAGCCACCUCCAAAGUACUGAACUCAACGCACUCUCAAAUCACAACUCUAUGGCAGUUCUCAAGUGUUUGUUUCCCAAACCCCCAUCAAUAGUUAGAUCGUGACUUGGUUAAACUUUGAUAGAUAGUUUGCCUUUUCUUUCUAUGGCUUGUAAUUGAGCUGUAAAGCACAAUUCACUGUUGAACCUUUCUUUAAGCUUGUCAGUGGCUUUAUGUUUGUAUUAAACUUUAUUUUACUGAAAGCAAACUUUUAUGUACUUUGAAGAUCUGGUUUUAGUGCAAGAUAAUGUGCCUUUUUUCAUA